UGCAAUCAGAAUAACAAGUUUGAAAGCAGACAAAGUCUUCAACCAGCGCAAGCACAUUGCAUAUUAGGAUCCGUUCGUGAUGCGUUAAUUUCCAUGCCAAGUCGUUUGCCAACAAGAUCAAAGCUUACUCCGAUGACGAAUUCCGGGCUUCGGUGUAUGUCUUGUACAACAAGAUGUCUUUCUUAAUCCUUGUGCUGACAACAGCAACCUGUGUCGAACAAUCUAUCAGUAGCCAAGAUAAAUGGCUGUGGUUCUUCCCUUCGGCCUCCAAUUUGCCAAGCCCGAGCUGCACAUUCUGUUCCACGCAUCUGGAGCGCCAUCAAAUUUUGAGGUUGAUCUUGAAGCGAGUCCUUGCGAGGGAAGUCAACCACCACCACUACCACCGCCAUUUCUACUUCACCGUCUUCCCUCUUCACCAUCGAUAUCGUUUAUUCCACACAACGCACAUUCGUCGGAAUAAGGAAUGGGAGGAAAGCCAUAAGCGGAAGAACGAGGUAUCUGAGUAGUAAUGCCAAGUCUCAUUCAUGAUCACGUGGAAUUAUCCGCCGAGGAUCUGGCUAAAAGACAUGGAAGAAAAAAGGAUCUGCCCCCGGGAGCCACACGUCCGCACAUGGCAGAUUGCAGACAAAAAGAGCCGAACAGGGGAGCCAUCCCCGACUUAGAUAUCCAGCCAGCCUUCUAAUCAGCCCUGAGUCGUCUGACGAGAUUCCAUUUGGCGAAAUGCCUUGAUAACAUCUGAACUUUACAGACGGCUCGCGUUAUUGGAAGGAUCUCGCUCACCGAAUCAAGCUCCCAGACAAUGUGGAUCCAAUUUGAUUUUACUCGUGUCGGGCUAUACGGGGACAUUUCAACAAGACGUAGAAGCAAAGAUAAGAUUCUUGAUACACGGACUCUCGCCCAAGAGCGUCGUCAUGCGGCAAUGAGACACGACAAAGAGAAGAGAAAACUAAGCGGCUCCAUUCUUAAGCGGAGAUACCCCAUGGGCAAACUGGACAACAUAGGCCGCCCCUCAUCUACCAGGCUUCAAUGGGAACAUCAAACGCCAUUGAGGAUCAACUCGAAAUUCCUCUUCACCGGCAUCAAUUCAAGGACAAUUCCGAAUCGAGAGAACCAACCGUCCAAUUUGGAGGCGAGGAUGAUGGCUGAGAGGCUGAGGCCACCGAUGAGGCCAACGUCAAAUAGGAUAAGGAAACUUCCGGUCGUGCUCAACUCUAGGGUGAUGCCAAAGAGGGAUUCCUUCUUGAAGUCUCGGCUCCUAUCUUGGAGCAGUCCAAAGCAACCUCGGACCAUUCAGCCCCCCUUGGAUCGGAGUGAUGUGGCACGGUUAAUUCGUUCUCUUGAGGCUCAGAGCCAAGCCAGUCAUCUUCAGGCAAUUAAGGAAUUAGAACAAAAUGAGAAGAAAGGCUUGAAAAUGCAGAAGUACGUGAACUCCAAAGGAACCAUGGUGGCCAUAUUGGGUCGAGAACAAGGCGGCGAUGCUCCAAAGACUCAGGCUUCGUUCCACAACGACGUCAAUGAACAAGAAAGGCGUCAAAGUUUUGCCAAUGCUAUUAGCGAGAAUUCUCCAUUGGUGGAACUUGGGACUGAGUACGACUCAAUUGAUGAGAAUGAAUCGAGGCGAGAUUAAGUAUUUUGGUCCAAGUUUUCAAAGCGAUAUAAAAGCUGGACUCUUUUGGCUCCCACUCUUGGAUCAAGUUUAUCAAGAUCGGGGACCAGUUGAGGAUGGCAAGGCAACGGGACGGAUAAGAAUGGGUCAUUCAAUCUCUUUUGUCCGCUAAAUUUAUGUCGUCAUUGGUCGCCGUUUGCUUACAUUACGAGUUAUAGAAAACGAAUAAUAAAGCCCGUUAAAGCCAUCAAA